GAGAAACUGUGAGUAACUUGUAACUACAAACUCCAAAUGAAAACAACAACAUAAGCCAGUAACGUCAUCUUUAUCAAUCUAGAACACAACACCAACAUUAUUCUCUCAGAAAAAAAAAAAAACAUCAUAACCUUAAAUUUUUCAAAUGGGUGCCACAGAACAUGUGGUGGAUGAGAGAGGGAAUGAAAGUGAAGGAGCUAGAAAGAUGGAUGAUGGAAAGAAGGAAGAAGGGUUAAGGGAUUUGGAGAAAGGUGAAGUUGGAAAGAAUGAUGUUGAAGAUGAUGAUGAUGAUGAUGAUGAAGAUGUUGAGAAUGUUGCUCAUGGUCAUGGUGGUCAUGGUCAUCAUGAUGAACAUGAAGGGUUUAAUGUUUCAAGAUUUCAUAGAUUAAACCCUACUAACCCUUUGAGGAUUGUGAUGAAUAGCAAUACAAGAGUUGCAAAACCUCCUCCUCCUAAGAAAUCUCAACGCUCUCAUACUCCUACACGUUCCAUUCCAAUACCAACACCAGCACCAAUUCAAACUCCACAACCACCACCACCACCACCACCACAACAACAGCAGCAACCGGUGACGCUUAAUUCAAGAAGAUAUACUAACAGAAUAUCCUUGUUUAUAUUCGCUCUCCACCAAUUACUAGCUAUUGCUCUUGUGUGUUUUCUUGUGUUCAAGGGAAUCCAAGGACUAGUACAAGAAUCUGGUUCUGUUAAGAGGAAAGAAAAAAGAGUGUUGAUGUAUUUUCUUCCACAAGUGGAAGCUGCAACUUUUAUGAGCAUAAUUCUUGCUUUUAUUUGGCAAGGUGCAAUUAGAAAAUGGCCAACUUUUAUGGUUCAUUUCAUACUUUGGUUUACUUUUGUGAUGUCUCUUGCAGCCGGGAUUCUUCUUAUUUGCUUCCAAAAGCCUCCAACUGACGGUGUUGGUGUUUGUUUCAUUGCUUUUGCGAUUGGAAAUGGCUUAUAUGGUUGUUGGAUUAGUCAUAGAAUUAAGUUCUGUUGUAAGGUUUUGAGUUUAUCGCUUCAACCGAUGUCCAAAUUCAGUGAUUUGAAUCGACCUACUUAUUACAUGCUUGCGGCUGGAUUCUUGUGGAUAUCUCUGUGGACUUUAGCAGUAGUUGGAGCUUUGAACUUUUAUUUUCCGCCUUUGGUUAUCAUCGCAUUGGUGUUGAGUUUGGCUUGGACCACAGAGGUUAUGAGGAAUGUUGUUAAUAUAACGGUUAGUAGGGUUAUCGCGUUGUAUUACUUGAGAGGAAUGCAAUCUAGCACACAAUUUUGCUUUCUGAGAGCGUUGACUCGGAAUCUUGGAAGUGCUUGUUUGGGGUCUCUAUUUGUGCCAACAAUUGAAGCGCUGAGAAUUGUUGCUAGGGGGCUGAAUUUGCUUGAGGGAGAAGAUGAGUUCAUGUUUUGUUGCGCUCGUUGUUGUUUGGGAGUCAUGCAAUCAAUUUUCAGAAAUGGCAAUAGUUGGGCAUAUGUACAGAUUGCAGCCUAUGGAAGAGGUUUUGUAAUGGCAUCACAAGACACAUGGUCCCUAUUCGAGAAGGAAGACAUGGUGCCAAUAGUAGAUGCUGAUAUAACCAGCUCAAUUUGCUUCCUCACAGGAGUUUGUAGUGGCUCUAUGUGUGUUAUUGUUGUGGCUGCUUGGACUCAAAGUGUACACAAAAGUUUCACAGCCACCCUGUCUUUACUCACAUUCUUCAUUGGAUACCUUUUGACUAGGAUUGCAAUGGCAGUGCCUCAUGCUUGUGUGAGUUGUUACUAUGUAUGUUAUGCUGAAAAUCCAGAAAACAGAUUGUUUGAUAAAACAAUUAAGGAUCGUCAAGCUUUGUUAAAAACUGGUCGUGAAGUGGUUGUACCUACACCAAGGGGACUAAGAAGAUAUACUACAAGGUCCUAAAUUCAUAAUUUCACUAUCCAAAAACAAAAAUUAAAUUAACGACGAAAAUUUAGAGAUGGAAAACAUGAAAUUCGUCUCUAAUUUCGUCAUUAAAUCUAGCGAAUUAGAGAUAGAUUUUAUUUUUUCGUCUCUAAAUAUUUUUGUUACUAAUUUUUUUUUAUGGUAGUGUUAGCUUUGUUGUUACACUAAGUAAAUUCAAGAUGAAGGUCAAGAUAAGAUAUGAAAAAUGCUCUUAGUGGAAGGGCAUACAUGACCAAAAGAGUUGAAUACUUGAAUUGAAGCGAAUAAAAAAAAAAGGCUAAACUCCUCUUUUCGCCCCCUAAGUUUUAAAAUGUUGCGAUUUUGGCCCCCUAUUAAAAAAAUGACAAAAGUGACUCCCUAUGUUUAGGGAAAUAUGCUCUUUUAACCCCUAACAUAAGGGAAAUAUGUUUUUUGACCCCUUAUCUUUACAAAAAGUUGCGAUUAUGACCCCUUUUCUGGGUCACGUGGCAUCUUUUGAGCAAUUUUGGGAUGAAAGGGGCCAAAAUUGCUAAUUUUUUUAAUAGGGGGUCAAAAUCGCAACAUUAUGAAACAUAGGGGCGGAAAGUACUGUUAAGCCUUAAAAAAAAAAGUCAUGAUGGCUGAGGAAGUGGUUUUGUUGAAAGAAUGAUCUGGCUUGAAGAGCCAUCAUUGGAUCUCUUGGAAUUUUGUACCUUGAAAUAAAUGUGGGGUAAAUGAGACUAAUCAACAAUGCCACUAAAGUGAUUUGUGGUCCAUCCUUGUAAUAUCAUGUUUAUUUAUUUUUGUACAUAUACUUUUAGGAUAUUCCAUAAGGUGGAGUUCCAUCAUUAUUUUAUUGUUAGGUAUGCGUAGAAGGCACUGAUUCCUAAUUUAAUUAGUUUUUCUAAUCUUUUAGCAA